CGAACGAAAACUCUGGCACAUGGAUUCUCGUCCGGAGGGGCGGGUGCCUAUCCAAACUUCCAAACAUCUGGAACAGCGAGGAUCCGGAUUAAAAAAAAAAAAGAAAAUAAAAACAAGGAACUCGUAUGUCCAGCAUGGGUAGUUGUUCAAACUAGACUCUGCAGCUCACUUGCAAGGCUCCAACUUGCUAGUUAGAAAUUAGUAAGUUAAUUGCACACAUCUGCAAAGCCUUUGCCGCUCUUGAAAGAUUCUUCGGCCUCACGCCGCUCACCAAUCGCCGUUGACUACAAAGCACGGUGGUGGAAGUGGUGGUGGUGGUAGCAGCGCCAUGGCGGAGCAGCAGGGCAGGAGGCAGCGGCGCUCGCGGAGGGCGACGCUGCUCCUGGCGUUCGCGGCGCUGGCGAUGGAGCGCGCCGACGCGGCGCUGCUCCCGGCGGUGUACCGCGAGAUCGGCGCAGCGCUGCAGGCCUCGCCCACGGCGCUCGGCUCCAUCGCGCUGUCCCGCUCCGUCGUGCAGACCGCCUGCUACCCGCUCGCGGCCUAUCUGGCGGCGCGCCACGACCGCCUCACCGUCAUCGCGCUCGGCGCCUUCGUCUGGGCGGCGGCGACCUUCCUAAUUGGCUUCUCCACCACCUUCCCACAGAUGGCGGUGACGGCGGCGUUGAACGGCGUCGGGUUGGCGCUGCAGAUCCCUGCGAUCUACGCCUUCGUCGCCGACUCCGUCGACGGCGCCAGUAGGGGCGUGGCGUUCGGGUGGCUCGCGGUGGCCGGGAAGGCCGGCACCGUGGCCGGCACUUCCCUCGGCCUCCUCAUGGCGCCGACCUCGUUCCUGGGGCUGCCCGGCUGGCGUCUCGCCUUCCUCCUGCUCGGCGUCUUGGGUGGCGUGGUCGGCGUGUCCAUCCGCGCGUUCGCCGCCGCAAGAGGCCGCGCGGUGACCCCGGCAAGCGUCAAGCCGGUGCGGCAGGAGCUGCAGGACUUCGCCAGGGAGGCCAAGGCCGUGAUGCGGGUCCCGUCGUUCCAGGUCAUCAUCGCGCAGGGCCUCACCGGGUCGUUCCCCUGGUCGGCGCUGCUGUUCACGCCGAUGUGGCUCGAGCUCGUCGGAUUCUCCCACGGCGAGACGGCGGCGCUGAUGACGCUGUUCAAGGUCGCAACGUCCGUGGGCGCGCUCUUCGGCGGUAAGAUGGGGGACGCCCUCGCCCGGCGGUUCAGGAACUCGGGCCGCAUCGUCCUCUCGCAGAUCAGCUCCGGCUCCGCGAUCCCUCUCGCCGGCGUCCUCCUCCUCGCUCUCCCCAACGACCCGUCCACGACGGCGAAGCACGGCGCCGCGCUGUUCAUCCUCGGGAUCAUGGCCUCCUGGAACGGCACCGCCACCAACAGCCCCAUACUCGCGGAGAUCGUCCCGCCGCGAGCGAUGACGACCGUGUUCGCGCUGGACCGGACGUUCGAGGCCGUGCUCGCCUCGUUCGCGCCACCGGUGGUUGGCAUGCUCGCCGAGCGCCUCUACGGUUACAAGCUCGCGCGCUCCGGGACGGGCGGCGGCGGCGUCGACGAGCGCGCGGCCGUCGAUGUCGAGAUGGAGCGGCACAACGCAACGUCCCUCGCCAGGGCGAUAUACACCUCCGUCGCCGUCCCCAUGGCGCUGUGCUGUUCAAUCUACUCGUUCCUGUACUGCACGUACCCCAGGGACAGAGAGGUGGCGCGGGCCGAGGCGGUGCGAGAUAGAGAGGGUCACGGCGGUGAAGAAUCUGACUCCGAGGAUGAAGGCGAUGGCGAGAGGAAGCUGAUGCCGCACUGAGCCAUUGUGGUCGUUGCGGGUGGUGAGGAACAGGAGGCGGCCGACGGUUGGGGAAGGAAGAGGCCGAUGGCGCAGGCGCUGGAUGCAAAACGUCUGCAGCACGCAGCAGCGGCGUCAGCGGAGGGAAGUCAGGGAACGGGAAGCAGAGUUGCAGGCUUUUUUUUUAAAACGGCAAGAGUUUUGCCGAUUUUUUUUAACGGCAAGUGUUUUGCCAAAUUUUUAUUAGAAGUGGAGAAAUAAAAGUUAAAAUACAACUAUAAACGGCCUAAUAAAAGGGAAAAAAGUAAAAGACAACUCUUCCCCCGGGGCAACACAGAAAAAAGGAAAACAAAAGGAACACUAAGCUUCGUGUUGUAGGUCUUAGUUGCUGGGAUGUGUUGCCCACUGAUAUUGUCCGGCUUUCUCUUUAAUUAGGAAUGUC